GGCACGGAAGAAGCUGGUAUCGGGCUGGUGUCGGACGAGCCGAUGGUGCACGUGGAGAGAUCGACCGGGCACCAGGGCGCAUGGAUAUGCUGCAUGCCCUGCUACUGGCUGCGACGGAGCAAGGCCGUCCACAAGGCGCUGCUCACCUUCGCCAUGCUGCUGGUCACCAGUCUCUUGGUCACCAGUCCGGUGCUCUUCCUCAUUACGACCCUGCCGGAGGGCGAGCAGCCGCGGAGCUGCGCGCCGCUGGAUGAAGCCUGCAUCAGAGAGCGAGAUGGACCCGAUGGUGUUUGUGACUCGGACGUUUGCGCGGAGGCCUCGAAGAGGAUUCUGUCGUCCAUGAAACGGGGCGUCGAUCCUUGCAAGGAUUUUUACAAAUUCGCUUGCGGCGGCUUUCGCGAUCAGCAGCCCUACCAGCCGAGCGCGAGUUUCAAUAUACUUCAGCUGCAAAUUGACGAACGCAUACACAAAAUGCUGGCGAACGAGACGGGGCAGAUGAACGGCGUCUUCGAGAAGCUCGGACAGUUUUACAACGUUUGUCGAGGCUUCAAGAAGAAACCCGCAAACUUUACGCCCGUUUAUGAGCUCUUAGAUGAACUUGGCGGCUAUCUGUCGCCGAAGAACGUGGCACCGAGCGAUAUCACUCCUCUGAUUUCGGCGCUGCUGAAAGUAAACGGCGCACCCUUCUUCGAUUUAUACGUCGACGUAGAUCUUUACGACCGCACAAAGUCAUCCGUAUACCUUGAUUUCCCUAUCAAGCAUCAAACUAAUGAGUUUCUUGCGGAAGGCCAGAAAAAUCGAGACGUAGAAAGACUGCGUAAGAUUCGAGAGAUUGUUCGAGGAUUCCUGCCAAAGAAUAUGAGUCCCAAGGAACAAUCGUCGGAGAUCGACCUGCUUCUGCAGUUUUGCUCAUCCCUCGAAAAGAUUUAUCCGAAGCACAAAGACUUGUACAACUGGGUGGACGUUGAACAGAGAGUGUAUGUUGCUUACAAUGUGACGUACCUUCAAGAGAGCUUCGGUUACAUAAGAUGGAGGUCGUUGCUGAAUACAACGUUACACUACCGUACGAACGGUAUCGAUUUGCACGGCGAUAGUAACGACACGAAUCGCGUACACCGACCGCCGCCGUAUAUCACAUCUGAAGAUCAGCAGAUUUACGUUUACGUCACCGCUCCACGUUACUUCCGUAGCCUUGGCAAGUUAUUGAACCGUUCGUCCAGACGGAUUAUUCAUAAUGGAUUGCUGUUGCUCUACGCGACGGACACACUGCACGACAUCGUAAAUGUUACCGCUGUCAAGGACUGGGAAGCUUCCUGCUACAGGUUGACCAGAAACAUUUUCAGCGAUGUAGUCAGCGCGCUCUACGUGCGACAGUAUACCCCGAAAUAUUUAGAAACUCUGGCUAAGAGGGUGACAGUGUUAUUCGAACGCGUGAAGGAGACAAUAGCCGAACGCAUAUUGAUAAAAUCGUGGCUCGAUGAUGAGACGAGGACGCAGGCAUUAUUGAAACUCAAUUCCCUACGGGGUCGAUUUCACGUGUCGCCUGCUUUUUACGACGACACUCUGCUCACACGUGAAAUGGUCGAGGUCGUAAUCGACACCAAUGACUUCUUCGCUACCGUUCUGAGAAGAUUUCGUCAGAUCCGGAAAUUGCAGAACCAAAGUCCUCUACGAAAAAACGCAACGGAAAGGCGUCAUCAACCUUACUCCGUACAAGCCUAUUACGAAUCCUCCUCAAAUACGGUCGGAAUUCCUUUGGCUAUGAUGACGUCUUGGGCAUGGUCAUGGGACGGUGGGCCGGCUUACGCGGUUCACUCCACCUUAGGAUCGGUCGUCGCUCAUGAGAUCCUCCAUGCCUUUGAUUUCCAUCGUCGGAGAUUGCCGAUAGACCCAGAUCUAAAUAUUGACGAGUGGCUCUGGAUCACAUCGAAUUCCUGGAAGCGAUUGGAGGCCAGGAUAGAGUGCGUCGCGAGACUCUACGCCAGGAGUUUUUGGAAGAAGGUUCAGUUCUACGGAAACGACGUUACCGUGCAGUUCGAUUGGAAUAUGACGAGAAAUGAGAACGUCGCGGACAUCGGAGCUUUGCAAAUCUCCCACAAGACUUGGCACACCUUGACGAACGGGAAAGACCGAAGCCUGCCUGGUCUGGAGGGGCUCCGACCGAGCCAACUCUUCUUCAUAAGUGCCGCUCAGGUAUAUUGCGUUAACAUGACUGCCGAGGCCUACGUCCUCUCCGUCGAGUUCGACUAUCGUACUCCUCAUCCCGAGAGAGUGAACGGUAUAAUGAUGAAUUCACACGCGUUCGCCGAAGCGUUCCGCUGCCCGCUCGGAGCUAAAAUGAACCCCCCGAAUAAAUGCACCGUUUGGUAAUUGAUUAUUAACGCGUUCGUUGAUACUAUGAAUAUGCAUACAUCAUCGAAUAUUUCGGUGAGCCGACGCUAAGCCGCUUCGUUUAAUCUCGCAACUAUCGCGAAUCGUGCGGGCAUUUCGUCUCGAAAGUGCAUUUCACAACUGCAAGCGGUGAGGAAUCGUAUGCGCAACAGCCCGUAAAAUUGGCGAGUUUUUCCUCGCGAUUUUUGCCUGUUACGAAACCUACUGAGAGCUACUACCGAAGAGAGUGUCGCUACCAUGUCUACCUAUGAAAGUGAAAUACCGUUAAGUACAAAUAAUCUUAUUACGUUUUACUAACGAAACUUACGCUGACUACGGAUUAAAGUCCGUCCCAUUUGAAACGCCUUGAACGGUUUUCUGUGACGAUUGCGAUUGGGAGGACACUCGGGCGCGGAUAGUUGAAAUAAACAAGUUGUUAUUUAAGAAAUGCCUUAAAAAAAUUUGCGCCGUGCACUUUGUACGCUAUUGCGGAUUACAGUGCCCUAGAAAGCUAUUUCUAACCGAUCGAAUCGUGAUCGACGUCGCUUGAUGCGAACUAUACGACUCUAGUGUACAUACAUUUUGUAUAAGGCUUUCGAUUCGAAGGAAGGAGAGCGCAUGUCUUGUAAGAAGUAUACAUAUAUAUAUUUGCGAAUAAUAUAAUAAUAGUAUAUAUUUUCAUGUAGAAGUAUUAAAACGCGAUGAAAAGAAAUCUGUAUAUUUACGUAAUCUACGUUUACGUUGUACUUGUUGAUAAUUUCAACGGGCGGACAUCGUCUUUUCGUAUAUUUUAAUAGCAAUACAAUAUUGCAGAAGCUUCAUACAGAUGCAAUUGAAUAUUAUAUCGAAUAAUCCGUGAGAUAUUAGUAGAUGCCUUUUAUAAAACGCGCAAUAAAUGUAUUGCAAAAUAAUUUGAAAUAAUAACUUCCGU